UUUCAGAUGAAAAGAUCUAUGAUGCUUACGUUCUAUAUCCAAAGAACAGAGAGAGCUGCUUGUAUUCAUCAGAUAUUUUUGCUCUGAAGAUACUGCCAGAGGUCUUAGAAAGACAGUGUGGAUAUAACCUCUUCAUAUUUGGGAGGGAUGAUUUACCAGGAGAAGCUGUGAUCAGCAUUGCUGAUGAAAAAAUCCGUCAAAGUAGAAGAGUGAUAGUUGUUUUAGUACCAGAACCCUCCUGUUACAGUGUCCUAGACGUGUCUGAAAAGCAGCUAGCCAUGUAUAAUGCUCUUAUCCAAGAUGGCAUUAAAGUAAUUCUCAUUGAACUGGAAAAAAUACAAGAUUAUGCGGACAUGCCAGAAGCCAUCAAAUAUAUUAAGCAAAAACACGGGGCUAUUCGAUGGAAAGGAGACUUCUCAGAAAGGUAUCACUCAGCAAGUACCAGAUUCUGGAAGAAAGUGCGCUACCACAUGCCAUCCAGAAAAAGUGCAUCUUCAUCAGGAUUGCAUUUGUUACCGAGAGACUUGAAUUCUCCCUAA